AUGGACACAGUGAAGGAGGUGUUCAGAGCGGCGGCUGCCGCCCUGGCGCCGCUACUGAGUAAGCCAGGGGCUGGGCUGCCCGGCCGGGCAGGGGUGGACAGCAUUCUGGAGCAGCUGUUCCCUGUCAGGGAAGCCCUCAGCCGGGUGCCCCUGCCAGUAGUGCUGCCAACGCCCCUGCCAAAUCCCCUAAAAUCCCCUUCCCCUCAGCCUGACCGAAACGCUGCAAGGCCCCCCAGCGCUCCAAAGUCCAAUCGUGCAUCACCCGCAGGUGAGAGUGUUGAGGACAUCUACAGGGGCUACAGCCAGGCACAGCCUGCCACAGAGCCGGGCACCAGGGUCGCCCUCACUGCUGUCUUCCUGGACCCCAGCUUCCGGAAGGUCAUGCUGAAAUGGGCGCGGCCCAAGUUGAGUGAGGUGGCUGCCGAUCGGCUGGUGCUGCGCAGCCAGCCUGGCGUCAGGCAUGUGGCUGAGACACCUCUGGGGUCUGCUGUGGACCUCUCUGUCACGGGCGUGGCUGAUGAUGACACCGUGCAGGUUUUGCUACUGAAGGUUCCCAGCUGGCUGGAGCCACUCAUUGACGGGCCGCCAUAUGUGGUCAUUUCCUCAGCCGAGAAUGCCCCCUCCGAAGCUGCUGGUGAGUUGGUGGAGGCGGUGGGUGCGGGGCUGACAGACGGCGUAACGGCGACGCGCUUCCCGCAGCCGGGGCAGCUGAAGGGGACACUGGGCGCGCAGCUGGAGAACGGGCACCUUUUCUUCUCCCACGCGGAGCUGCGCCGCUUCUGGGCCGAGGAGGCCGCCUCCGAGGCGCUCUCCGAGACCGAGAGCCUGCUCGCUGCCGACGAGGAGGGCCUGGAACUCCUGCAGGUGGAGAAGCAGCAGGGAGAGCCUGCCGGCGACAUGGGCUUCUUUGGCAGCAUCUUCCCCCGCCGGGCGGCCAAGCCAAAGGCGGACAGCCAGGAAAUUGCAGCGGAAUCAGAGCAACCGCUCCCAACCGACAUCACACGGAGGGAGGAUGCAGCGCUCCAAACAGAGGCUCAGGCGGACGCCGGUGACGACGCAGAGGAACGCGGCAGAUGGGGAGAGCAGGAGGAGCGUCCAAACGGGCCUGCAAAGUCCCAAGCAGAGGAUGACAAGGAGCGCGGCCGCUGGGGGGAGGGAGAGGUCUCAGACGGCAAGCCCGGGAAGCAGACGGCUGCUCUGGCCACGCCCGUGGCUCUGCCGCUGGAUGUGAGCGUGGACCGCGGCAAAUGGGGAGCCCGGCAGAGCCUCACUGGCAACCCCGCGCUGAUGGCCGCUCUGCCGCCGCACUUGGGUGUCCGCCUGUACUUUGACGUAGCAGCGCCCAAGGGGCUCCCCGCAGCUGCAGGGACAAAUCCUGAGCAGAACGGGCUGCCCGCGCCGGAGCCGGGCAAGCAGCAGCUGUCUGAGCAGCCGGCAUCUGCGGCAGGAGAGAAGAGGCGGGAGCAACAGGAGGAUAGGGAGAAAGGAGGCACGGAGCGGAGGAACUCGGCGGAGUGGCCGGCGCUGUCGAGGAGGGACGGCAAGGCCGACAGGCAAGCCGAGGCGGGGGGGAGGCGUGAGCGUAGCAGAGAGAGGGUGCGUGAGAAUUCAGAGCGCGGCCGCAGCGGCUCGCAGAAUCCCGGGCCUCGUGAACAGGCGCGCCAACGCGAGUGGGACCGCAGCAGCGACCAGGGCCGGUACAGGGACCGGCCUGAGAAGGCGACACAGGGCAAUGUUUUGAAGGACAGCAGGGCUGGCAGGAGCAGGGUGGAGGACCGCCCCUCGAUCUCUGCCAGGUCUGACAGCGCCCGAAGAAGCAGUCCCGCGCACCGUAAAGAGCAUGCAAGCAGGGACACUUGCGAGGCAGACAGAUCAAAGGGAAGUAAGCCGCCGCGCAGAUCAGUCACGCCACCCGUGACUGCAGAAGUCUCUGUUGAUGAUCUGCCGCCGCACCUCCGCUCAUGA